GAAUAUUUUGUAUUAAAUUUAACUUGUUAUAAGCAAAUAAACAUAAAUAUGGUUUCAGUAUAUGAAGAUAAUGUAGUCGAAGAUUUACUUAACGGAAAUUUACAUGAAUUACCAAGCGAUGAAGAAAAUGAGCAAAAUGGCAUGGGUGGAGAAGAUCUUUUUGGCGAAGAAGGUGAAGCUGGUGGUAACUCGGGUGAAGCGCAGCCGGGUAUUAAAGUUGAGCCAAAGAAGCGAACAGUGCGAAAUCCGAGACCAAAAUUAUCUCUGGAUACUUUGACGGGACCGCGCGGCAUACAUACAAUAGAAGAAUAUUUCAAGGAUAUUAGUUUCAAAGGAAAAGGACAUGAAAAACGUGACCUAGAUGAGGUGAUGCGUCGUAUGACACAUUGGGCACAUCGGAUGUAUCCAAAUUACAAAUUCGACGAUGUCUUAACAAAUAUCGAACGUAUUGGCAAGAAGAAAUCUCUUCAAGUACAUAUGUCACGUUAUCGUCUGGGUAUGUUGGAAAACUUGAAAAACAUUGGUGACAAAGCACAUGACGAAGAGGAGGAUGGUGAUGCAGAUGCAGCAGCAGAUGAACCCUUUGACGAGUUCGAUGCAUUAUUGGGUGAACAAAUUGCCAUAUCAAAAAUAGCGCCGCGUACGCCUGCACACUACAGUAGUGGUGGUGCUGAUAGAAUGGACGCGACGUUUACAGGCGCUAGUACCAGUACUUUACACACACCAUCAUUUAAUCGCGGUAAUGCAGUCAUGUCUACACCAUAUACCAACAGCGGCCACCCAGGCCAUAAAUUAAAUGAUGGCGACCUAGCGCGUCCACUACCACCGUCACAACCGGCAUCUCCUGCUCCCAAAUUAACAGCAGAGCAAAUGGCGCGUAUAGCAGAAAAUCGUCGUAUAGCAUUGGAGAGGUUGAAAGCGAAAAAAGAACGUUUAGCACAACAGGCAAACGUAACUGUAGAUCUAACAAAGACCAUACCAGAGGAGGCAUAACGUUUCGAAGUAAUUCGUUUUUUGAGCGUUGGUCAGAGUGGAAGUGGGCGAAAUAUAGUUUGCGCAUGCGUGUGGUUCUACGAAAAUUGAGAGAAUUCAGAGUUAACCCUAAUAUGGUACAAUAUGCUUUAUAUUUUUUUACAAAAGAUUUACAAUUAUUUGCCAUCCACAUAUUUUAUCAACUUUUUUCAAUUAAAUAACAUUGUUUUGUUUGCGUAAAAAUUAAAUAAAUUCCAAAACUAGAAA